GAGGGAGGGCGGAUGAGCGGGGGGGUUAAGGGUCCUCUAGUUGUCGGGAGCAUCAGUGACAAGCUGCUCGGUUAAACCCUCUCGCAGACGGUCCACUGCCGUGUCCAUGUGGUUUCUGAUCGCCUUGACAAAUCAGCGCCUCUAAACCAGCCCCCGGGUCCAGGGUUUGUCCCUCCUGUCCAGCACCAAUCUGAGCAGGGGAAGGAGGACGGGGGCGGGAAGGUUAGUUUGAAGAGGGCAGAGCUUUGCGAAAAGCACGCCAAAUUAUCCCCUAUUUCACCGCUGGAAAAAAAAAGAAAAAAAAAAGAAAAAAACAGAUCCAUACCCAGUGGAUGAUAACAGUUGAGGGUGAAAUCAGACGGACUAAGCGUCAGAACCUCAUUAACUCCAAGGAGGGAGAAGAAACGGCAGGAACGCAACCCUCAGUGCUGCGGGAGCGUCUUUUCUGAACCAACAUGGCUGCCCUGCAGUGGAAGGCUAAAUCGCCACAGCAGAACUUGUGGAUCUUCCUCCUUUUCCUAAGCCUUCUUCCUGAAGCCAGGGCAGUCGUUGGACACAGAGAGCCGCUGCCUGAUGACAGCAAAGACAACAUUACCAUUUUCACCCGGAUCCUCGACAGGCUGUUGGAUGGGUACGACAACAGGCUACGUCCCGGGCUCGGAGAGAGCGUGACAGAAGUGAGGACAAACAUCUAUGUGACGAGUUUUGGGCCGGUGUCGGACACAGACAUGGAGUACACCAUUGAUGUCUUCUUCCGUCAAAGCUGGAGGGACGAGAGGCUCAAAUUUGACGGUCCAAUGCAAGUUUUGCCUCUUAACAACCUGCUGGCCAGUAAGAUCUGGACGCCCGAUACCUUCUUUCACAACGGGAAGAAAUCUGUGGCCCACAACAUGACAACUCCGAACAAACUGCUGCGGCUAGUUGACAACGGCACUCUUCUCUACACGAUGAGGUUGACCAUCCACGCAGAGUGCCCCAUGCACCUGGAGGACUUCCCGAUGGACGCGCACGCCUGCCCUUUGAAGUUUGGAAGUUAUGCGUACACCAACAACGAGGUGAUCUACCUGUGGACUCAGGGAGACGAGCGAUCCGUCUCUGUGGCAGAGGACGGCUCCAGGCUCAACCAGUAUGACUUACUGGGUCACGUCAUUGGCAAAGAAACCAUCAGUUCCAGCACAGGAGAAUACGUAGUGAUGACAACAUAUUUCCAUUUGAAAAGGAAAAUUGGUUAUUUUGUGAUUCAGACCUACCUUCCGUGCAUCAUGACAGUCAUACUGUCUCAGGUCUCCUUCUGGCUUAACAGGGAAUCGGUUCCAGCCCGCACUGUGUUUGGCGUCACCACGGUCCUAACCAUGACCACUCUGAGCAUCAGUGCUAGAAACUCCCUCCCUAAGGUGGCCUAUGCCACUGCCAUGGACUGGUUCAUGGCAGUGUGCUAUGCCUUUGUCUUCUCUGCCCUGAUAGAGUUUGCGACAGUCAACUACUUCACCAAACGCAGCUGGGCGUGGGAUGGGAAAAGAGAGGGCAUGGAGAUAAGGGAACCGUUUCAGGCUAACAUGGCCAGGAUUAAAGAUAUGAGGAGGGAGUCGGCCACGCUGACUAAAAAGGCCAACAACACCUUCAACAUCGUCGGCACCACCUACGGCAUCAACGUGGCCAAAGACCAGGGCUUGACGACCAUUUCCAAAAGCGCCCCGGGACCGUCGAUCAAACACUCCUUCCUGCACAAAAUGGACGACCCCUACACGGAGGCCAAGAAGUCCUACAACCGCGUCAGCAAAGUGGACAAGAUUUCGCGCAUCAUCUUCCCAGUUCUGUUCUUCAUUUUCAACCUAGGCUACUGGGCUACGUACGUCAACAGAAAGCCCGCGAUCAUGAAGGCAAACAACCUAAACUGAAUUUCACCAAAUGUUGGCUUUCGGGAAGACAGACAGACAGAUAGCUAGAUAGGUAGGUAGGUAGGUUUGCAGGAAAAGCCAAGUCCAUCGCAUCUUAACGUGUGUCGUGUGUAUGUGUGUGCGCGCAUGUCUUGUGUGUCUGUUUUUUCUUUUUUCUUCUUAAACGUUUGAUAUUUUUGCACGGCUGUUGUUGUUGGGAAGGCACACCCGGUUUCCAUUAGACUCACGUGCAGCGGUGGACCUCGGAGGAAGCACAUUCUCUCAUCAGUCUGUGUGUUUUUUGUGCGGCGUUUCUUUUUCUCCACCCCACAGUCAGCUCUGGCCCUUUUCCCCGUUGUGGUUUAAUCCCCUUUGCUGUAUCUUGAUUGCUUGCCGUUUCGUACAGUAGUCGAAUUGUGCGUCCCCCAUCCCCGUCCCCCCUGUUUUGACAUGUUUUGGGUUUGUUUUUUUUCAUUGCUUAUAAUAAGUUAGCACUCGCAUGUGUUUUCUGUUCUCAUCGUGACUCAUUACCAGUGAUAAGGCGCUGACACGCCGUACGCACACAGACACACACACACCAAUACCGCCGAAAACACGAGGAAAGCCAUCCGCUGGCCGCUUUAUUGUGCUUCUGUUGGUCGGGGCGGCCUGUAUAGUUUUAUAGGAACAUCAUUAAUAAUUGUCAGAGUCUGGCCUUCAGCUGCCGCUGGAGCUCGGCACACACAAUGCAGCCUCAGAGGGCUGCAUGAACAUUUUCUAGUCCACUGGCUCUUAUUGUUUUAACUGGCUGAUUAUGUUCAACGACAGAUAAUAUAUGUGCCUUGGUGAAAACACUCAUCACAAAGAAGGAAAAGAAACAAAACACAAGAAAAGUCAGACAUGCUCACAUUCGCAUUUCCAAAUGUGCGUUUUGCUUAGCAAAAAUAUUUACACCCCUUAAAUCUUUUCCAAUUUUGCCCUGCUACAACCACCAACUUCAGUGUGUUUUAUUGCGAUUUUCUGUGGCAGAUCAGCACAAAGACCUGCAGGAUUGCCAAGGGUAAAGAAAAUUAUAUUUAGUUUUCAUUUCUUUUAGGCACAAGUCAUGAAAAUAUAGCAGGAAUUUGUAUUCAGCUCCUCUGAUCCGUUCUUUGCAGCUUCUGUUUUGUCAUUGUUUUUUGUUUUUUUUUAAAUAGCUCAAACUCUUUCAAAUUGGCUGGAGAACGUCUGUAGAAAUAAUUCAUAUUGCAAAAGAUUCUCAGUUAGUUUGAGAUCUGGACUUUGACUGGACCAUUCAGACACAUCAGUUCGGUUCUGGUCUAAAUCCAGAGUGUCAUAUCAGGUUUUCAUGUCGUUUCCUUUGGUGGUUCUUGGUGCAGAGCCACUGAUGGCAAGAAGUUUUGUUUGUUUGACAGAGUUCAGCUGAAAAAUGGAAGAAAUGUUGCAAGUUUAGGCCCCAAUCGAACUGAUUCCACCAGAUUAUCAGGAGGGAAAACAUCCCUGGGUGCCUUCUAAAGACUAUUGGCUGCAUUUUCAGGAUAAAAGAGGCUGAAAACAAUUGUUUGCCACAUUUGUUCAGAUUUCUAUUCGCAAAAGGCUUUGAAAGACAUCUUCCUUUCACUCUAUAAUUGUGCAACAUUUUUGAGUUGCUCCAUCACAAAAAAAUCAUUAAAACAAAAAACCUAUUAAAGUUUGUCUUUGUAAUGUGACACAAUAAGGAAAAACAAGUUUUUAGGGGUGUUAAUGCUUUUGCAAAGUACUGCAUCUUUUGUCUAGAAACAUUUAAUGGUCUCUGUAGGUUCUAUCUACUCCAGUGUAUGGCUAUCCCCACCCUGAACCAGCCCAUACACACACACACACACGCAUGCACACACACACAGAUACCCAGACUAAAACUGCCUACUAGUACGAAGGGUUAACAGACCUAUUCCUGUGAGAUGAUCUUGCAAAGAGAUUCACAGCUCCUGUGUUGUGGAGAACAACUAUCAUUUAAAUUAUGUUUUGUUUUUUGGUUUUUUUAUGGAGCACCCUAACCAACAAACUGCCACCUUUACCUCAGAAGGAAGACAAAUUUGAAAUUACACCUCUAAAAUGGUUUAAGUUUUAUUUUUUAUUUAUGAAAACGAUCGCUCUUUUCUUUGUUCCCUCUUGUCUUUGCAUUCGUUUUUGUUCCAAAAUGUUUAUCAUGUCUCUGUCGUCGUGCAGCUAAGAAUCCACGCUUUCCUGCUUUGCUUUCUUCUGUACAACGUGUUUCGGUGCUGAUUCUAUUGUCCACAUAUGUUGACUUUAUUUUUGCUGCAGACAACAAAGGCAAUGUGUCACACUGGGAUUUUAAUUUAUCCAAAUAAACACUUAGAUUGCAGUAGUUUACAUACUGGAAAUUACUGUAGAGCCUAA